AUGCCAGCAGCUUCGUGGACUACCAAAGCGCAGUAUACAUGGCUCCAAGAACAAAUGCCAGAGUACAUGCAGCAAAGCACUGGGGACAAGGACUACUCCUGCUUCUGGCCCGGCAUACACAAAUAUUGGUUCAAAACAUGGCCAGAGCGCAAUAUUCUGUUCCCCGACAUCCCUGGUGACGUGUCGCUCACUGUUGAGCAGACGAAACAAGAAGUUAAAGCUGAAGAGCAACGUAAAGUUCAACUGGCAACCUGGUUCCGUUGGCGGGCGGGUUCAUCCAAAAAGAAUCGCGGCUUGAAGAAGGAACAGACUGUCUUUGAUGCCGCCCUGCGACUGAAGACGCGUGCAAAGUCUGUCGAAGAGAUCUAUAUGGGCAUGGUCUACGACGAGCAGAUCAAACCCCUGGUCAAGGCCGAACAAGAAGCGGGCAAUGUGACUACUUCUGGUCACCGCAUGGCAUUGGGUCGAAGGUUCUCCAAGGAGCUCUUAGAAGAUGAGUCGGACGAGGUUAAGAAGGAGGUUAGAAAGAGGUACGACAAGCAGAUAAAAGGUAGCAAGGGAAAGGGUGACAUACUGGAUGACGAAGAUGAUGAUAACGAUGAAAGUGAUCCUGAUGCCAUCGCAAAAGGUAUUGACGAAUUGCCAAUCAUAUGCCAGCGCUUUGCACGCCUUGUCAAAAAACAAACUCAAUUCAUUGUGUCCUUCAUGUGCGCCGGACCUGACCCAAGGCAUAAUCAGAACAUAGUUACUUUAUCGUGCCAUCCAUCAGAAACCUCUGGUGGGCGCAAUUUUGCCCACUUGUACCCUGAUGAGGACUAUGCCUUCCUCGGUGCGUACCAGGAAUUUGCAGAAUCAAUAUUCUCUGCGAAGGAACAUGACCCCUUGCUGCCAGCUACCACGAACGUCGGAGAUGGCAACAGGAGUGAGGAACUCGAAGAGUAUGGUAGCGGCGAAGAGGAUGAAAGUGGCGAAGAGGAUGAAAGCAGAGAGGAGAACGAAGGAGGUACUGAUACCAUGAGCUGGGAUAACCCCGGCCUUUAUACGAUUUUGCAGACACCUGAUGCAUCAACCGGACCUGAUGCAUCAACCGGACCUGAUGCAUCAACGACAACUGAUGCAUCAAUGGCAGGCACCGUGGCGCUGGCACCGGCUGGCUUCACUGAUGCAUCACUUCAGCUUACGGGACCAUUCUACUCUCAGUCCCAAUAUCCUGAUUGGUCACUGGAUUUGCACAGUGUUAUGAUGCCUCAAGCUAGUGCGCCUCUCGGCUCAAUUGAACCAUUCGAGGCCCGAUUUUUACAGCCCGGUCUUAUGGCUACGGGAUAUCUUGGUAGCAGUACCGUGCAGAACACAUCAUUCAGCUCACCAGCUUCUUUGGGAUUCUCGCUUGCUGACACCAUGCACGGGUGGAAUUUCAACAAUGACAAUCUUCAUUCGACAGGGUGGGAGACAUCUAGUCUGUCUUCUUCGUUGACCUCUCCAACCUCCGCUGAGCGCAGUACCACGAGCCCUAGCCUUGACGAGCACCUUCCUCAAUUUACUUAUCAGCUUCCCACCCUUCCAGCUGCCAACCCCCCUUCUCCGACUGAGACCGCACAACCUGCUGAAGUUCCCGAUUCACAGGCUGGUACCGGACGUGCUAAGUCCAAGCGCAAGUCCAAGUCGAAACUUCCUACAACCAAGUCUCUCACAGCACACACCGACAAGCCUCGCUCUGCCGCCAAAUUUAUCACAGACACUCCCACUGUUACGGCCGCACCCACUACAGCAAAACUCACUCCCCUGGUCAAUUCUACUGAGCAUAUCCCUGUGAUCACGCUUGCGAACGCUGCCAAACCCAAGGCCAAACCCAAACCCAAACCCAAACCCAAGGCACAUCCUGUUAGUACCAAGUCUAGUGCAGUAAUGGAGACAACACACGUCGCUGCAGAUGAUGAAGGUAACGCGUUGGGUGAUUCGAUUACUAUCAAUAAUAUCGUGCAAAAAGCUACUGCGAGUCAGAUUGGAGCGGCACGUGUAUCUAGUGCUGCCGUGGUCCAUCCAUGGUUCGGUCCAUGGUUCCAUAUUUUGGACGGACCGAACCGAAAUGAGGUUCGGACGUUCCCGAACCGUUCUGAACCCCGAACCGAAUUGUCCUCGCGAUAUCGGCGAGGCACACCCAUGCUCACUUCGACUUCGACUUCGACUUCGACUUCGACUUCGACUUCGACUUCGACUUCGACUUCUCCCCCCAUGGUCAUGUCGACUUCGGGGAUCCUCAAGAUUCGCAUUGUCUUUGAAUCGGACGCUCGCAUCCCGCACCCCCGGUUGUCAGAAGAUGCUCAAGAUCUACUUUUUGCUUGCCCCCGGUUUCCAGGAGACGCUCGAGAUUUACUGUUUGCUUGUUUCACACAUAAAGGGAGCAAGCCCCACCAGGACGCCAAAGAUAUUGUAUUUUACAAUGACCCUGAUGAUAUUAUCCCACUUGGCACUCCGUCCUCUGCCCAGCCAACACUAUCUACCACUCCCACAGGCUCAGACGCCUUCUCAGUGCUGCUGAAGGCUGGGUGCAAACCAGCACUGGUUACUGCAGGUGCUCGUCGCUCCAUUCGGACAUUCAAGCCUUCUGCUCGCCUCCGCGAUGCCGACAACGCUUGCUCUCACCCAUCAUCCUCAAACAGCUCAACAGCCCGCAAACGUGCAUUAUCUAGUGCGACCGAGCGGCUAGUCAGCAAAAAGGUCGCAUUGCAGCUCUCAGCCCCGUUAUCUGAUGAUGACGACUUUCACGCGGCUGGUGCCGAUACAGAUACUGACACUGAUCCUGGCACUGGCCACACUGGCCACUCUGAGUCAGUCGAAGAUGAGGACGCACCCGAAGAUGACGAUGCGCCGACAGCUGAAGAUGAACCUGACGAUGAACCUCAAGACUCAAACAUCCGAGCCACUCUGUCAAAGAGUGAGCGCACUGCUGAUGUUCGCACUGUCUUCACUCGCAAUGACAAGGAAUGGGGAGCAUAUAGGAAUGGGCACCUUUCUGCAGCAGUAGAGGCUGAGGGCCAUGCAGCUUCGUUGGACAAGUAG